UUAACAUGUCUCCGCCGGGAAGAUUAUGUCUGACUGAAUUUAUAAUGACAUCCUUCCCCCAUACCAAUUAUAAAUAAUCCCCGAUCUCUGGUCGUUUCAUCUAUGUCUACCUCUAUCAUGUCCCAGUCGUUUCACCAUUUUCCUCCUGCGAUAGGAGACGGUCAUUCUGAGGAUGCUGACAGUGACAUCGGGUCCGAGUCUGACAGAUACACUGAUAUGUCUCUCGACGCGUUUGCGCCCAGCGUGGCAAGCUCGAAGACGUCUAUGGAUAUCUCUAUGCGUUCUCAAUCCCCAGCUCCAUCAGUAUUCUCUGCAACAAGUUCUUUGCGAGCCCAAGCAUAUAGACAAGAAUACGGACGAGGCCUGAACAACUAUUCAGAAGUCUACCGGUUACCAGCCGAUGAUGAAGAACUUGAUCGUUUGGAUAGACAGCAUGAUAUGUUUUGCAAAGCUAUCGGCAAAUUCCCACCACCGAUGCCCGAAAUCAUGGCAGUUGAUGAGUUCGAAGUUAAAGCUGUCCUCGACCUAGGUUGUGGCAGUGGCAGCUGGAUAAUGGACAUUGCGAGAGAAUUCCCAAAUGCAGGUGCGGUAGCUGUGGAUCUCGUUCCCAUGCAGUCAACAUCUAUGCCACCAAACUGCAGAAGUGAAGUUGACGACAUUAAUCUCGGGCUGGAACACUUUUAUGGUGAUUUCAAUGUCGUCCAUGCUCAAUUAAUUUCUUCCGGAAUUCGGGAUUACCACGGGCUCAUUAACCAUAUCGCGCAUGUCCUCCGGCCAGGCGGUCUAAUAGACAUCACUGAAUUCCCAUUCCACUUUACUGGCAUCGAGAAAACACCUAUUUGUCCGCCAGCGGGCACCUUUGAACCGCCGUGGACACCUCUAUGGAUGUCUUAUGCGAACAGAGCCGUUCGUCAACGGGGUGGUGAUGCAGACGCUUCCUUGCACAUGCAUCAAUGGGUGUGCGAUCACCCGGCAUUCGAGGACGUUGUGUACCGCGAAUUCUGGAUACCACUUUCGCCGUGGUUAAAGGGCAAAGACUCCAAUAGUGUCUGGUGGAAUGGUAUUGGGACGACUAUGCGAGAUGACGUCAAAGCAUUCAUGAGAUCCGGUCGCCCUUUGCUCCUCGGCAAUGGGUUAUCAGAAGAUUUUGUAGAUCAACUGGAAAACAACGCUGUGGCGGAAUUGGAUGAGGCAAUCACUCCUGUUUACGUGUGUAUACAAAACGUCUACGCCCGUAAGAAACAUUGAUUGAUUCCGGUGCACCUUGGUACUAUUUAUUCAUCUGUUUUACUUACCACUUUGGCAUGUUUGGACUCGCGUGGGCAUCACAUUAGAAUACUGUAUCAUGGGAUAGUUAUUUAUUCCUUCCUCAUUACCGUUCGAUACCUGCACCAACUACGCUUUUUUCACGGCAUCACGACACGAGAUAUAUUUGACGUAGAUGAUUACA